UAAUACGAACCGCCAUCUUGCUGCUGGACGGGCCGCGGUGACGGGCCCGGGAAGCUGUUUGACAUGUUUCCACUUUCUGUGGUGGUCAUUAUCGCAACGCCAUCGGCAUCGAUCCAUUCUCGAUCAAUGUACGGAGCACAUACAUUCAUUACACUUACAGUACCUAUGUAAGUACAUCCCCCCCAGGUGUCAGGUCGACAAUGGGAUUCGAUUCGCACGCGACAGACAGACGGCGGCGAGCCUUCCACCACUGUGACGCCGGCCGGGCGCGUGUUAUUUCCCUGGGCGCCACUGGACUGAUCACAUUCCCACUGGUCUGGAACCCUCCGCAACCUCCUUUUUGCGACCAGGGCCCUCACGCGCCGAGCAACUCCGGCACGGCGCGAGAAGUCUAACAGGGAACCGGGUGGGGAGGAUCGUACUUAGGUACCUACCUGUCUGCUUGUCUGCUUGCUUGCUUACAUCUAUCUCAUGUAUGGGGACGGACGGGGGAGUCCGCUCUGACGUACAUGCGCAUGUACAGUAUGUAUGUCAGUAAUACAUACAUACAUACAUCUCCGUACGGAGUAUGUACAAAGCAGACAAUUGUUGUUUGUUAUUUGUUAUUUGUUGCUGGAAACAGGAGAGACAAUGCUCUCAAAGUCUCCCUGACGAAGACGACUCCUGUCAUAUUGCAUAUGCAUUGGCGUUGUUGCAGUCCCCCGCAGUAAUAUCUCUAGCCCUUCGUAGAAACUUAGUGUAGG